GUUUUCUUUCUCUACACAUUCCAAAAAUAUUAUGGACUAAAAUAUGAAGAUUAAUUAAGAUUAAAUCAGCAAUAAAGCGUUUAAAAGUGCUUCAAAUGAGAUGAAUGGCAACGAGGAGCCAGUGGAAAUUGAGGUUGAACCUGAAAUUCAUGAUAUUUUGCCAUUUGACGAUUUUUGCAUUGAUCAAUACAGUAGCUUUGAUGAUGACAAUGAUGGAAGUAGUACUGGUCGAUUGCACAAUGAACAGCCAAAAAAUCGUGGAAAUAUUCAGGUGAAAAGUUAUCAGCAACUAUCUUCCAAAGAAUUUAUUUACAAAUGCACAGUAUGUAGAGAAACACUGGGAAGUGGAAAGGAACUUUUGAGGCAUGUGAGGACACAUACAAGACAUUUAGGUGAAAAUAAGAACUAUAUUGACAGGAAAUUUUCAACAUGUAAAUGUUGCAUUUGUUCGCGCCCGUUUGGCGAUCAACGUUCAUUACGAAACCACGAAGAGACUCAGCAUACAGCACCAUUUAGAUGUCGACUUUGCAAUUCAUUUUUUAAUAUUUUAAAAUUUUACAAAAAUCAUCUAAAACAACAUGCGCAGCAACAACAAAAACAAAUAAACUCACGUGUACCUGACAAGCACCAACAGAAAAUGUCACUUCACAACAAUAAGCAAUCAAAGGAAUCGAGUUCUAAACAUUUUUAUACAUCUUCACCGAGGGCAACUAUGGCAAUGGCAGUACAAAAUUUAUCCGAUGAGGGCCUUCUAUCACACCUUUAUGACAGUACGCUAAAACCGUUAAAAUGCAAGUACUGCGACAAAUCUUUUGGUAAAUUUUCGAUGCUACGUAAACACGAAAUGCUCCAUAAAAUGAAUAAUUUUGGUAAGCUUGCACUCGAAAGUGAAUAUAUACCGUUAACCGACACCCCACCAUUGACGGUGGCGAUUCCAUCAUCGACUUUAUCAAAUUAUAAUGUUAAGAAAUCACAACCAUCAUCAAAUUCAUCAUCAUCUGCGUUGACAUUAACACCAUCGUUGUUAUCCAAUUUAAAUAAAUUAGCUCAUCUUAAGUCAACGGAAAAUUUGGACGGUAAGAAACCUGCAAUUUUGAUAAACAUCAACACAAAUGAUUCAUCGUCAACGCCGAAAGUGGAUACCGCCAAAAAAUCUCAGGAAAUGCCUUUAAAUUCAAAUUCAGGUUUGAUGAUCAGUUCUGUUGCGAGUGUUGAUAAAAAUUAUUUUGAAACGAUGGAAAAGUUAAGGAGAAACAGCAUUUUGAAUAGCAAUAAUAAUAAUAAUAAUAUUAACAAUGUUAACAAUAACAGCAAUCUUCCAAGUAAUGCAACCGUUCUUAUACAGAAUGGCAAAAAAGCUGUCUCACUGGCCGACUUGCAAUGUCCAAUAUGUAAGAAAAUUGUAUCACAACCAUUCAGCCUUAAAGUGCAUUUACGAACACACACAUUGGAAAAACCGUACUCAUGUCCCGUAUGUCAAAAAAGUUUUAGCCAAAGUUGUAACUUAAAAACCCACAUGAAUAUACAUACAAAGCAGCAAUCAAAUCAACAAAUUAACUCACAACCAUACAUGUGCAAUAUCUGUAAAAGGACGUUCUUAAAAGCAUCGUCGCUAAAUACCCAUAUGAUAACUCAUACAGCAAAAUUAUAUUGCUACGCUUGCAAUAUAAACUUUGAUGAUGACGCGAUUACAUAUUCACAGCAUAUGCAAAUAACGCAUAAUGUUACGAUGACAAAGGAUUUAAUUAGUAGAGCUAAAGCUAAUCUUCAAAAAAGUGAAAGUCAACAACUUCAGCAGCAGCAAAUGAAUGAAAUGAGAAAAGUAAAUGACGAAAUGCAAAAACAAUAUCAAGAAAUGGAAGAGAAUCAAUCACAGCCAUCACAUCAACAAAAGAUAAUGGAAGUGUUUAAAGUUCAAUCGUCGACAGUGUCAAAUGGUCAAAUACCUAAACUAAAAAUAACUAUUAAGAAAGAGCCUAUCCAUGAAGGCUCACAAGAAAAAGAUGGCAACGAAAGUGAUUCUAGCUCGUCAUCAUCAAACAGCUCGGAUUCAACAAGCAGUAGUUCUUCAAGCAGCUCAAGCUCUUCCGCAACAUCAAACUCCAAUAAUGAAAAGAUCGACAAUAAUUAGAAAAAAAUGUUGAAGGACGAAAAAGACAAUACUCGAGUUAAUAUCAUCCAAAUAUCUCCCCCAAAAAUAAGAAUAAUAAUAAUGCAACUAAUUAUCAAUAUUAACAAUUACAUCAGUAUACGGACAAAAACACUUACUUUACAAAUCAAAUCAACUCACUCUGAUCCAAUUUAUCCAUCCACUGAUUUAUUUUACACUUUCUGUAUAGGAAUAUCACAUUAUAAUAGUAGCUAAAUCGGUUGUAGGUGAUUUUUUGGAAAGCUAGUGAAUAGAGCUGUUUGAUAGGGAGUUGUCUAGGAGCUUUAGUAAAAUUAAAUUUAGAAACCUAGCAAGCAGCUCUAUUUGUAUGAUUUUAAAGGUUUCAAUCAUUUGUGAAUCUUUAAAUUUUGAAAGUUAUUCCAAAAAGCAUCUUCAAAUCCGAUCUGAUCAAACUUGAAUAAGUUAUUGUUUCUUUUUUGGUUGAAUCUCUAUCUCUCUAUGUCGUCUUACGUCAAAAGAAAAAUUUAGGAGAAUCAUGUAUUACUACAGUACUUAUUAGAUUUCAUUGACUGUUGUAAACUCAGGAAUUAGAUUUUUGUUUAUUUUUUAUUAAUUAUUAAGAAAAAAUUCUUUUAUUUCGGUUGAGGUUUAAUGUUUAAUAAUGAUAUGAAAAAAUUGAAGAAAUUAG